UGUUCUGUUGUCAGUGCGAGCUCAUGCAAGUGAUGGACUACAGCCGGACGGACGCUAACCUUAGCUGGCAUUCACAAAACAGCAUUCCUCCCUACUGAGACCAGCUACACAGAAUGCUGAGUCCUAUUGUCCCCUAUAGACUCCUCUUACAAAGAUUCCACAUUCAGCCAGUGUCUGUUUCAUUCUUCCCUGGCGUGUCCGGCCUUGGUCCUCGUCUCCGGCCAGUCCAGAGGACUUCAAGGUGGGGCGAGCAGCCACAGCCGGACCUGAGAAGAAACCUGAGAGAGAUUCCAGGGGCCAUGGAUACUCCUGGAGGGAUUUGGUGCAAAGAAUCUGUCUGUUAAAGAUGCACUGGAACCCAGAGCAUGCCCAGCCUCUCAGCCAGUGGCCUGAGCAGCACCUGGACGUCUCUUCCACCACCUCCUCUCCAGCCCACAAGUCGGAAUUGUACGCUGGCCGCAGCCGCAGCUCCUAUAACUACGCCUGGGCCAAUGACGACAUCUCUGCUCUCACAGCCUCCAACCUGUUAAAGCGCUAUGCUGAUAAGUAUGUUGGCGUGCUGGACUCACCAUAUGAUCGGCCACCUACUGUGGGCACCUACCCAGAGCCAGGGGCCUUUGGUGGGCUCAACGGCCAGAAGACUGAGCUGGAGUCCUGGCCACUGACGCACAGCACUGAUGCCUCCUAUUCCCUGGUUCCCACUGGAGGCCAUGACAGCCUCUCAGGAUCCAAGGCUGUAGCCACAUCUGCUGGCCCUCCAGGGGUUGGCAGUGUGUCGGUGGUAAACAGUAACCUCUCAGACUCUGGCUAUAGUGGCAGCAGCUCCUGCAGUGGCUCCAACGAGUACCCCUCUAGCUACAAUGGCACCUAUCUUUCCUCAGGGUACUGUCCUCAACCCAGUGCAGCACUUCCCCCUGCCUCCCUCCACACUCUCCAAUCCACCCCCGCUCUGGUGCCCAGCUAUAGCCCUACCACACCUGUCUAUAACUACCCCCCCAGCACAUACCCUCCCCAGACCAGCCUUGGUCCCAGCUACAGCCACCCCUCUGCAACUUACCUGCCCUCAGGUCUACCAACUCCUACUCCCAUUCCUUCAAGGCCCACAGUGGUAGGAGGCAGCUAUAGUUACCAGAGCACCAACCUUGGGACAUCUGAGUCUGGAGGGACAUUAAAAAGAAAAGCAUUCGAGAUGAGUGUAGAAGAGGAUGUGAGCGGGGACGGGUCUCGUUACAGGAAAUAUAGCUAUGACCCCUUGAAGGCUGGGGGAAACUCACCCUACAGUGUGAAUGACAAAACAGAGUGCCGGGCAAACGGCUUCAGCAGUUCAGGCAGCACAGACCCUCAGACCUUCAAGCCCAGUAAGCCCUCCUCCCAGCCCCUGGUAUCUCCUCAGUAUGGGGCAGCAGGGGAGUACAGCCCUCCAGCAGGCAUGACAGGGGAAAAUGGCGUGGCGGAGCAGGGUUUCAUCCAGCAGCAGCAGCAGCAGCGCUCCCAGGCCCACAAACGCUCUCCAUUGUGUGCUCCAACUGUGAAGAGCCCAGACCCCCAACUGUUGGACCUUGUCAAUGGGGAGUUACUAGACUGCAGCCCGGCACUGGGUUGGGGCGAGCUGGCUGGGCUCACCCAUGUCAAGGCUGCCCUGGAGGAGGACCUUCUGUGGCCCGUGUUGAGGCCCAGUCCAGUGAUGCGGCCACCAAGAACCGUCCUGCUCUUUGGCCCCCGGGGAGGGGGUAAGACUACGUUGACUCGUUCUUUGGCUUCACAGCUGGGGGCUUCCUUCUACCGGUUGAGUGGAGCCAUGCUGGCCUCUAAAGGGAAGGCUGAGGCAGAGUACAUUCUGGGGUCUCUUUUGCAGGUGGCAGGGGCACGGCAGCUCUCAGUGGUGCUGCUCAGCCAGGUGGAAGCCAUGGAAGAGGAGGGGCUGAGGCAAACACUGCUGACCACCCUGGAGAAAGCCCAGGUGGGGACCACAGGUCUGGUGAUUCUUGUAUGUGCCACUGGCAGGCCAGAUCUGCUGCAAGAUGCAGUUCAUCAGAGCUUUGCCAAGCGGUAUCACGUUGGCCUGCCAGAUGUGGGUAUGCGCAGGCAGGUGCUGCUGCAGGCGCUGUCACCCCAGGGCUGCAGCGAGAGGGAGCUGAGCGCUGUGCUGCAGCGCACAGAGGGCUUCUCAGUGUGGGAGCUGCUUCAGCUCAGCCAGCAGGCACUCUCCUCAGCAUCCUCCCCCACUGGGGCCAUGCAUGGCCUCCCCACAUCCUCCAAACCCCCAGCCUUCACAGACUUUGAGAAUGCCUUCUGCAAGGUGCGCCCACACACCACCACAAAAGAAAUGGACACUUGUAUAGAGUGGAGCAAGAUGUAUAACCACUGAGAACGCAGCCAGUCACUGCACUCGGACUGCAUUACGACCCUGUCUUUGCUUUGAUAUGGCAAGCCAAGGGAAUGUAUUGUUGUUGUUUUGUAAUUACAGAUUAUGCAGCCAACAGAGCCAGAGAAGCUCAUCAAUACGAGAGAGCUGACAAAGUUGUUUUACUGGCAGAAGCAUGCCAUGGUGUGCUGUUUUUGUUUUCAUAUGAAUAUCCGCAAUAUUUUAUUUUCCCAAAGAAAAGGAAGAUGAAUAGGCCUUGUUGAGUAGGGUAGUGUAUUAGUCUUUUGGCCAAUGGGAAAAUCAGAUUAUAUACUAUUUGGAUACUCUCAGAUAUCCUGAUUAGCCUUGGUCCAGGACAAAAUCAAUUAUUUGUUGCUAGGUGACGUGGUCCAAGAUUAUGGAUAAUCAGGGUUUGGAAAAUCCCCCCUUUGACUGCUACUCUCAGGAUCCUAUUUAUUGCAAGUCCACUUCCAUGUUAUGCUAAUGUUGAUUUAGUCAUUGGAUUGUCACUAAUUAUUCAGUAAGAAGGGCUUGGGAUCAGCAACAUUUCAGCAAACCACAGUUUUUGACCAAAAACACGUCAAACCAAAUGCAUAAUCAGCAGUGAGGGUUGUUAUAUUUCUCAAAACAGACUGGUUCUCAAAAUCACAAUAAAUGACUCCUUCUCAAUAGCUUCCCACCAAAUCAAAACAGUUAGUAUUUACUAUUCCGGGGAAAAAAAGAAACUCAAAUGACUUUUAUUAAAUCCAAACAUUUUGCUGUCCUUCCCAGGAGUUCAGUAUUUCAAGUAACGCCGUGCAGUUACACUCGACAUGUUUGGUUGUAGAAAUACUUAACAUGUAUUUCCAUUUAACUCACCAAUAGUACUAUAUUCACACUUAAAAUGGUACAAUUCACGGACAACUUUCAUUAUUAUUUUGGGGUUUUUGUCCUUAACUUCCACAUACAUUUGUUCUUGAUCUCACAUUCCUCAUCGGCUGCAGUUUUCCUGAGAAUCCAACUUACAGAACAAAAUGUACCCACCUGCACAACCAGCUUCUCAUACAGCGUGUCACUUACUCCUUUUGUUUUCUUAGUAUGUAGUCUUGUUUGAAAUGCUCAGGAAGAAUUUCUUUACCUCAGAAAUAUGAAAUUAAAGAAUGUAUGUAAUCUUAGGGUCUUAGUAGAGAGUGGCUUGGAGCGAGAUAAAGGACCGAGGAGAAACCUGACAGUCGUGUAAUACCCACUACAGCUGGGCUUUUACCUCGGGAGAGAAACUUGAAUAUGCUACAAAGAGUAACAUUGAAUGUAAUUCAGGUAUUUCAAAGGAUAUUUGAUGCCAUAAAUCCAUGUAUUAUUAUAUAUGAAUAUAUAAAUAUGUUUUCUUUUCUGUUCUCUUAUCCUUUAUUUUUAUUGUAGUUUAUGGUGGAGUGAUGAUUGUCUUCAAGAAAUGCUAUGUAGAGUACAGAAAAUAUUCCUUUUUUGUUGGACAAACUGCUUGCAGAUCUCUGUGUUAUUUAGUGUUUACAUAUCCUGUAUAUGCAUGUCUGCUGUUUAUAGUUUUAUGGCUGCAAAAUAUGAUUUGAAAAUGUCAAUUUAAUGCACACAAUCAUACAUGUACACUCACAGUGACAUCUGAGCACAAAAUACCUUCCAAAAAGACCAAGCAAACCAAAACACAGAUGCAAAAAAAGUUUAAAGAAUAAGUCAUUGUAUGUACCUUUCAGCAAAUCCCAAAGUCUAAAAACUCACAGUUAAUGUGUACAUAUUGUGGAUGAACCCAACAUGUAGACAAUCCAGACAAAUCUCUCCUUUUCCACCAGUCCUACAGUUCUGUUUUAACAAGCUGGAAAAACCCGGUCACUGGACUGCAGGUACAGAGGUCGUACGUAUUAGACUGUUGCCAUGGUCCUGAGGAGGUAUACACAGAAUGAUGUAAUAUUUCCUACUGCCCUUUCCCCCCUCUGUCUCUCCCUCCCUCCCUCCCUCCCUCCCACCCUCAUCAUUAUUUUUCCCCUUUUCUUUCUCUCCCCAGUGCAAUCUCAUUAGAUUGGAUUGCCCUCGUGGCCAUGUGGUGUUGUAUCCUCUACCCACCCCCUUCUCCUUCUCCUUCCCUUAUACCAUUCCUCUGGAGUGGAAGUGGUCUGAUUGAUGUCCAGCAACCCUAUAUCACAGUGCAGCCGUCCCUCUCCAGCUGGUGGCUUCAGUCAUGCCAUGCAGCCAGAUCAAUCAGAGUGACCCCCACUGUGCAUACUGAUCACUGUCUCAGAAACUGAAAACACAUUUACAAAUUACAGAACAACCCCUGCCUCAAGCAGCACAGUCUAGAUAAUGCUAGCGAUUAUUCACAUGUAGUUACAGAAAUUAAAUAAUAAUGAUGACUUAGAGAUAGAAAUACAGCAUUUUGAUUUGUUGUUGUUCCCACUACUCCCGACAGUUUGUCCAACAAAACAAGCUUUUAUUUUUUACAUGUUUUGAUCUGUUAUCGCAGUAACUUUGUUCUUGGUUAUUGUACAUUUUCUACCUCAUUUUUGCGGCAUAUUGUACAUGAAAGUAUUUAUUUCAUGUCUUUUUUGAUGUCUGUUUUAAAAAUGAUAAUAAUGUUCUUGAACUGUAAUGGUCUACCUCAGAAAAGACUGUAUUUUAAGAGAAGAGUAUCACACAAUAUUAAACAGAAUUUGUCAGUA